AUGCUGACCACCCUGUGCCUGCUGCUCAACUUUGCUGUCCCAGUGCUGGGAUCCAUCAGCUGUCCCCCUGGCAAGCAAUGCCAACGGGCCCUACUCUCGCACAAUGAUGUCUUCCUGCCGUGCAACUCUUCUGAGGCACAGUGGUACUUCCUCCUGCAAGACAGAACCAGCUGGUCCAGCAACAUCCCUGUUCUUUCCAACAUAGAGAUAAUGCCUGGGGAUGGCAUUCGCGUCAGAAGUCCACUGCCCUCCCAGACGGGCUUCUACUACUGCUGGGAAAAGAACGACACCCUACUGGUGCAGCAUGAGAUCGACUUCCAGGACGUCAGCACCCUGCAUAUUACCCACAAAGACCCGGGCCAAGAGCCCCUGCAGAAUGAAACCCUGAGGCUGGGUGGCAAGGAGCUCAUCUUCACCUGCUGGGAGCCCUGGCAGGACUGUAACCACUGUGGGGAGCUGGGGGAGUGCAAACGCCUGGGGUACUGCUAUAAGCCCCCGGAGGAACCCAUGCCCUGCUGGCUCUACCUGGGAGAUGUGAAGGUGCGGUCCAGGCACUUAUGGCCUGAGAUGCAGGUGGAAGCCUGCCACGACCAGUAUAAAACAUCAGAUGUGGGGUACAUCAUGUUUGACAGCUUCGAGCUCAGUGAGGAGUCAGGAUCUGCAUGGCUCCCCCGCCCCUUAGGAUCCAUGUACAGGCCCGUCAUCUGGGAAGCCAACGACAACCCCCUGACCUGGCAUGGCCACUCUGGCCGGGACAUAAAGACUGUCCUGGACCCCUCCAGCAGUGGCCAGUGACUGCAGGUGUUCCAGCUGGCCAUUUACAAGUAGCAGGAGCUUGUGGCUCCAUUCAACCCCAAGCCGGAUCAUGAUGUUCUGGGGACUCAGUCAAGAGAGGAGGCUGGAUCACAGCAGGUGGCAGGAAAGGCCCAAAAGGGGAAGGCCAACCCCAUCCUCAAGGGGCUGAAGCUGGCGCUGCUGGUGGGCACAGUCCUGGGCCUGCUCAGGGUGUGACUGGGGCUCCUCCACCCUUCCUGGGGCAAAACAAGUGACCAGGUGUUGCCGGUGAAAUAA